AUGGCGUCAGAUAAUUUUUAUGAUGGUUUUGAUUAUAAUUCAAGUCAAGAUGAUCUCGAAAUUGAAUAUCAAAUUUAUUUAUUUGAAAUUCGUCAAUGUUCAAAAGCCAAAAAACAAAACAAACAUAAAAUGAGAAUACCUUCAUAUCGAUUCUCAAGAAAAACUUCCAAAUCACAACAUCCAUUAAUUAAAAUUGAUAAUAUUGAUAACAAAAGAACAGUAGAAGUUGAACAAAAAAUAUUUCGUUAUACUCGUUAUCCAUCAAAACAAGCCAAAAACAUAAUAAAAGGUUUCGAAUGUGAUAAACAAUUUCAAACAAAAUCAGAUUGUGUUCAACCCAAUGUAUCAUUGCAAACUGUACGUCCACAUGAUUUUACGACUUUUCGUCGUCAUUUCUAUCGAACAAAUCAUCAACAAAUCAAAUCUUCUUUGAAACAUCAAACGAAUAUUGAAAUUAUUAAUAUUCGUCUUGCACCCAUCGAUAAAUCUAUUCAAAAUGAUUUUAUGAAACGAUUUAAUGAAAAUACUUCAUAUUAUCCACAUUUAGUUUAUCAUGGAACAAAACUAACUAAUAUCAAAAGUAUUCUUCGAUAUGGUUUUCUAAUACCAAAUCAACCACAUCCAACUAAUAGUAAAGCACCUAUUAUUGCUACACAAAAUGGUAGUGCGUAUGGUUCAGGAAUUUAUUGUAGUGAAACUGCUGAUUAUUCUUUAUCCUAUACGAAUACUACUAAUACACUUUUAGUAUGUGCAGCUUUACCGAAACGUAAUGAAGCUGGUUCAAUUGAACGUUCUCAUGGAAAUAUAUUAGUUUUAUCACAUGUAUCAGAAAUUAUACCUUUAUUUCUCAUUGAUAUUCAAUAUUUGAGUGAAUCAAAUCUAAAUAAACCUUGGUUUAAUCAACAAUAUCCAGUAAAAAUAAAUAUCAAAGAAGACGCAAACAAACCGCUUAUUAUCUCGCGAAAAUAUUUACGAAAAGUAUUGAAUUAUAUGAAGGAUGAGGUACAAAAAAACAGACGAUAUCGAGGACGAAGGAAUAAUCGACAUAAAAUACGAAGAGAAGAUGAAUAUCAAGCGAGAGUAUUUGAACUAUUUAGUUGA